GUUCUGGACUGUAGUGGCUCAACACCUGCGAGAGCGCGCGGUGGUCUCGCGCUGGGUGCUGCCUCUGCCCACUCGGCGCUCGCGGUAGCCGGCUGCAUUUCCUCUGGGCUAACAUCACGCUGACUCGCCUCGCCACGCCACGACAGCAAACGUUGGUACUGGUCCACGUCUGGGAGAGCGGCGACUGGUGCUUUGCACUCCGAGCGGAUGCGAAGCCGUUACGGUGCCGAUGUUCAACUCGCAGGAAGAGAGGCUCGAAGCUGGGUUUCAAACCAGCCGUUGGGGAAAGUAAAGGAAGGAGAAAAACCAACCGAUUUUGGACUUACUGUUACAUACCCACCAACACAGAGAGGAUAACUGGUGCGUUUAAUGUUGGGAUGCGUUUUUAAUUGUUUUUUUAAUCAGCGCACAUUUGCCAUGUUACGGAUAUACUGAGGGAGAAAUCACAGUCGUACUGAAGUGACCUUUCCGAGUAGUUUCGGACUGGCCGUGGCCUGUCAGGCUUUGAUUCUUGCUUUAAUCCAUCCAGCGCCCGCUCUCUUUGGGCAAGAAGAAACGUAGUAACCUGUCCGCAUUUCCAAAACACCUCGGCUCAGCGUCGUGAGCUCAAAGAAGCUUCAGUCGAGAAGACAUCGGGGAGAAACGGGCGCGCCGAGAAACGGGCAACCCCGCCGGAUAUCAGCGCAGGCGGCUGUGUGGAGGGGCAGCCCCGGGGCAGGACCCAUGAGGAGGUAUAGAAGAUGCUCGCACUCUGGGCACAUCUGCUCUUCUUAGCCAUGUGGGUGAGAAGCUCCACCAGUGGCCCACUCUCCUUCAGAAUAGCUGCCAUCCUCGAUGACCCGAUGGAGUGUAGCCGAGGGGAGCGCCUGGCCAUCACGCUGGCCAAAGACAGCAUCAACCGCGCCAGCAACCGCUCCACCACGGGCAAGCUGGAGGUGGACAUCUUUGAGCUGCUACGAGACAGCGAAUACGAGACAGGAGAGACCAUGUGCCAGAUUGUGUCCAAGGGUGUCGUGGCGGUCCUGGGCCCCUCUGCUAGCCCGGCUUCCAACUCCAUCAUCAGCAAUAUCUGCGGCGAGAAAGAGGUGCCGUACGUGAAGGUGGCCCCGGAAGACAUCCUGAAAGUGCAGUUCCCACGCUUCACCACGCUGGACCUGCGGCCGACCAACACGGACGUCAGCCUGGCUGUGGCAGGCCUGCUGGCCUUCUUCAACAGCACCAGGUCCUGCCUCAUCUGUGCCCAGGCGAACUGCCUAUUAAACCUGGAGGUGUUGCUGCGUCAGUUUCUCAUCUCCAAGGAAACCCUCUCCGUCCGCAUGCUGGACGACAGCCAGGAUCCCACCCCCCUCCUAAAAGAGAUCCGCGACGACAAGACGGCCACCAUCGUGGUAGACGCCAACGCCACCAUGUCUCACGUCAUCCUGGAGCGGGCCUCAGACUUGGGGAUGCUCUCUGUGUACUACACCUACAUCUUCACUUCACUGGAAUUCUCUCUGCUGCGACUGGACGAUGUAGCUGACCCGCGGGUGAACAUCGUCGGGUUCUCCGUCUUCAACAGGACACACCCCUUCUUCCAGGACUUUCUCCUAAGCCUCAACCGCUCCUGGCAGGAGAACUGUGACCACGCCCCUUUUGCCGGCACUCCGCUGUCAGCGGCGCUGUUGUUCGACGCCGUGCACACAGUAUGGCAGCCCGUGCAGGAGCUGAACCGCAGCCAGAACGUGGGAGCCACUCAGCUCUCCUGCAAGUCCUCCAAGAUCUGGGAGCACGGGACAAGCCUCAUGAACUACCUGAGGAUGGUAGAAUUGGACGGUCUAACGGGACACAUCGAGUUCAACAGCAGAGGGCAGCGUUCAAACUACGUCCUCCGCAUCAUGCAGAACAGCAGGGAUGGCUUACGGCAGAUCGGCCAGUGGCACUCAGAGCAGGGGCUAUCCAUGGAGAGGAAGCUGCCCUCCCUCAAUGUGACGGACACGCUCUUCAACACCACCCUCAUCAUCACCACCAUCCUGGAGAAUCCCUACGUGAUGCUGAAGGAGAACCAUCAGGAGCUGGAGGAAAGCGAGCGCUACGAGGGCUUCUGCGUGGACAUGUUGAGGGAGCUGGCUGACAUCCUGAAGUUCAAGUACCGCAUUAAGCUUGUGAGCGACGGUGUGUAUGGUGUGCCCGGUGCCAACGGAACCUGGACUGGCAUGGUGGGGGAGCUCAUUGCCAGGAAGGCUGACCUGGCUGUAGCUGCCCUGACCAUCACAGCGGAGCGGGAGAAGGUCAUCGAUUUCUCCAAGCCUUUCAUGACUCUGGGGAUCAGCAUAAUGUACCGCGUACACUUGGGAAGAAGACCGGGCUAUUUUUCCUUCCUGGACCCCUUUUCCCCAGGGGUCUGGCUCUUCAUGCUGCUGGCGUACCUGGCAGUUAGCUGUGUGCUAUUCCUUGUGGCCAGGCUCACCCCCUACGAAUGGUACAACCCACACCCUUGCCUGAAGGGCCGCUGUAGCCUGCUCAUUAACCAGUACUCCCUGGGGAACAGUUUCUGGUUCCCUGUAGGGGGAUUCAUGCAGCAGGGUUCCACCAUUGCCCCUAGAGCACUCUCCACACGUUGCGUCAGUGGAGUAUGGUGGGCUUUCACACUGAUCAUCAUCUCCUCCUACACGGCCAACCUGGCUGCCUUCCUCACCGUGCAGAGGAUGGAGGUGCCCAUCGAAUCCGUGGACGACCUGGCCGACCAGACAGCCAUCGAGUACGGCACCAUGCACGGCGGCUCUACCAUGACCUUCUUCCAGAACUCCCGCUACCAGACGUACCAGCGCAUGUGGAACUUCAUGCACUCCAAGCAGCCCAGCGUGUUCGUGAAAAGCACAGAGGAGGGCAUUGCACGCGUGCUCAACUCCAACUACGCCUACCUGCUGGAGAGCACCAUGAACGAGUACCACAGACAACGCAACUGCAACCUCACGCAGAUAGGGGGCCUCCUGGACACCAAGGGCUAUGGCAUCGGCAUGCCCCUGGGUUCGGUGUACCGGGACGAGUUUGACCUGGCCAUCCUCAGGCUGCAAGAGGAAAACCGGCUGGAGAUCCUGAAGAGAAAAUGGUGGGAUGGCGGAAAAUGUCCGAAAGAAGAGGACCAUCGAGCCAAAGGUCUAGGCAUGGAGAACAUCGGGGGCAUAUUUGUGGUUCUGGUGUGUGGGCUGCUCGUGGCGAUCUGCAUGGCCGUGCUGGAGUUUGUCUGGAUGCUGCGCCAGACGCCCGGAACAGAGCUGUCGGUGUGUGAGGAGAUGCUACGGGAGCUCCAUGGCAUCGUGCUGUGUCAGGACGGCCUGCAGCUGCGUCGGCACCGCGGGGCCGCCCCGCUACGGCCCCGGCCCCUCGGCCCGGACGAGCGGCAGGCACACGCCGCUGCCAGCCUGAGCAACGGCAAGCUGUGCAUGGGCACGGGGAUGGGCGCGGGCGUAGGCCUGCCAGAGCCCCUCUCCCACAGACUGCAGGAGGCGGCCCUGGUGGUGCGUAGCUGUAGCCACGUGCACAUCUGCCCCGAGUGCCGGCGCUUCCAGGGGCACCGCGGGCGUCCCGGUGCCCCGCCUGGCACCUCGCCCGCCCUCAGUGAGGAGAGCGCAGAGUGGGACAAGACGACCAACAGCAGUGAGCCCGAAUAAGAGGCCCCGGCCCACCUCAUUGCCAUUGGGGCACCGAUCUGGAGCCGGGCUUCAGCGGAACCCCGGGGCAACGGAAACCAUGAGCUUGGUGGAACAUGUGCGUCAGAGGGCGGAACUCUCCUUUCAGCACAGACCAUCAGAACUCCCACACUCCGAGGUGUUUGGAUUUCAUAGGGUGUCCACUCAUCGUACAAACUACCCCCACUGGACAGGGGUCCGGUCACUGUGUACACAACCCCCACUGGACAGGAGCCGGACACUGUGUACACAACCCCCACUAGACGGGUCUGGACACUGUAUACACUACCCCCACUGGACAGGGGUCCGGUCACUGUAUACACUACCCCCACUGGACAGGGGUCCGGUCACUGUAUACACUACCCCCACUGUCAUCUGCUCUGAAUAUCAUUUUUGGAGCAAACCAAGGGACUUUGUACUAUGCAGUAUAUUUUUCUCUGGUCUUAUUGUGCUGUCAGUUUUAUUUUUAAGUUAUUUCUCUUUUGGUUGUGAUAUGAGUAUAUUACAGUUGCUGUUAUCUUGCUCUCACAACCAUCACGCUUACUUUUAUUUUGUGUGACCAGUGGAGAGACUUGCUUUACAGCUGACAGCUGCAGACGACCCACUUUACAACCCGUGACAUUCUGGAACACUUUACACAUCGUCAGAUCUUUUUUUAAAGUGCCAAAUAAACUUUGUAUGGAUUUUGUUCUGUUCCAGUAUCAUGGCCUUGAGGACGUGACUACAAAGAGAACAUAAAACCACAGUGGUCUGUUUUUAAUUAUAGUGUUAUUCUAUUAAAAUAGAUUUUAAAGAUAUUUCUGGAGGUUUGAUGUGCAUGUUAGAUGGUUUUCAACAUUGCCGAUCUAGAGUACACGAGUGAAAGUUUCUGCUGUUCUGAUGUUUUGCCCAGAAAUUUUAAAGCCCUCAUCGACAGUGUAGGUAAUGGCUAGAGCUUGGACUAGGCUUCAAUGCUCAUCUCUGGUUGUUCAAGCAUGACACAAGACCAGUGAUUAUAAGGCAUUAUUUGGCAGAACAACUGUUUAAGUUCUCAUUAAGUGAGAACAAUUUUCAUUUUCACAACCUUGUGGUCUGAAAUAUAAAAUUAGCAGGGUAAGAAAGAACUUACCAUCAGCCUGGCAACAGUUUCAACCCAAAAUGCCAGUCACAACAUUAUAAUUCUCCAGUUACACACUCUGAAGUUCAUCUCUGAGUCAUUUGCUGAUAGAGACAUAACUGGACAGACAUUGACUUCUUCAUCCAAACCACAUGGUUCCAUUUGGGCUCCGUGUUUAUGGCCUUUGAGUGUUCAGCACACGCAGUGUCAGAGGAACUCUUAUAUUUAAGUCGACGUGUCAUAAGGACAGGAGAUGAGCACCUUAGCAGGUGUUUCCUCACGCUGUCUGGUCCAGAUCAUUCACGACUCUCAGUGUGUAGAGAAAUGAAGACUUGACAUGUAAGGUCACUCCAAAAAAAGGGUUCUAAACUAAACUUCAACACUUUUCCUAAA